CUUUACUGACGACCUCUGCGACUUGAUUUUUACUGAUCUUAUUGCCCGUCGCGACGGUGACGGAAUGAAUGCGGAAGUGGAAUAUAACAUAGAUUUUUGUUGGUCUUGCAUAAGGAAGAAAAUACCUUUCAGGACGUCGACGUAGUUGUAAUCUAGUCUGUCAUGUCGAUGAACAACAACAAUUCUCAUUUAGCUGCGGGACGACAACCGGGAGGUGACCCUGGAGUCGGUCAGCAGCGUCCCUACCAUGGCGCGUUUAUUCCUACGCAACAGCAACAGCGAAGCCCGGAUAUCAUUCCGAUCGACCAUGUCAUCGCAAACUACAUGACCGCGCUGAGUCAAAACGCCUUGCAGGAUGUACACGUUCAACCAGCUUUGACAGUUUGGAACGGUGCUGGCCCUCUACCGGGUCAUGAUCUCAGCAGUGACGACAGACAUUUUCAACGCUCCGGACAACAACACCUGGUGCGGGUGGUUUUGCAGGCGCGGCGCGACGAGGACGCCCGCACGAUUCUAAACCCGAACAAUGUCGUACUGCCUCCGAUGGCCGUCGAGCACGGCCUUGCCACCCGGGAGAUGGAGGGGCUCAAAGCCGUCCAGGUGCGCUUUCGGAAUUUACCGGCGCCCUUAUUCUCAAUAGAAAAGCAGGCGCUCCUGGAGCAGAUAAGGACACACGUCGUGCUACCGAAGUUGCGCAAAUUCGGCGCCAACCUUUUUGAUGUGCAUAGUACUGGACAAGAAGCUUUUGGCGAUGGCUCCGUGGUGAUUCGCUUCGCGGAAAGUGACACAACCUUCGAUCGCGGGUGGUUCGAGUGGACGAGUCUCCAGAACGAAGUGCCAUCCGCAGGAGGAAGGGGGAACGACCAGAGUAGGAUGCCAGUCACGUCACGAGAGAGUGUCACGUUGUUCGAGUUCGCGUUUGCGGUGGAGAAGGCGAGUAACAAAAAAAUCCUGGAUCUAAAGUUGGCGCAGCCACACCGAAUCGAAGAAGCGACUGCAGGAUCAUCCACAGCUGCAGCCACAGAAGUCAAGGUUCGUCUUGUCGCACAGCUUGCCAUUCUCCAGGACUUGGUUUCUACCACACCAGAGUUUACAGACGCGGUGCUCCACGAGAUUUAUUCGCUAUUGGGACUCUUGUCGGAGAAAGAAAAAAACCAACCUGCGGUCGUAAAUGCUGCAACGGCUUUUUUGCCGCUUUUCUCGCACAGCAGCACGCAUGGUCAUGCCUCGCAGCAACCGCGAGGGGCCCUGUCACGAACACACUCGGUCGUGAGCGGUAGCAGCGCCGACGCAGAGGAGGCGAGAACAAAUAGCAAAUGGUGCGUGGACGUGACGGCCCUUGCAAAGCGCGGGUGCGAAAUUGCGAAGAUCACCGACCUGAAGACGGCGCUGCUCUUUCCGGCGACGCCGACACCCAAACACGCACACAAGCUGUCGGUGUGCGGGCGAACCUGCAACCGGAAGUGCCAGGAACAAGCGGCGGCGCUGCGACAGCAGCACAAGGCGGCUCUGGGCGCGAUCACGAAGGAAAAGGUCUGCUCCGACCGGGCGCGGAUGAUGUUCCUCAUGUCUCUGGUGCAAAAGGCGCUGGAAGCCGAUGGCCGGGUCGCCGAGCAUUUGGGCCCGGGCUACGCCAAAUUCGAGCGGUACGUCCCGCGGAUGCACUGGGAGGUGGUUUUCGACGACGCGGGGACAAAUGCUUUGAUUUCCGCGCGAUACUACCUGCCGCCCUUGCACGGGCGCGUUCUGCUGGAAGAUGGAGUGCCGGGGGGCCUCCGUUUGACGCACGAGAGUCUGCUUUCGCUUUCGCUCGCACGGGAGCGGUUGAACCUCCCAACCGGCGGGGAAGCAACGUCCAGCAGCGCGAGCACGGCGUUGGAUUCCGACGCGGGAGGAGGUCGGGGGAAAACUACACGGGAGCAGCUGGUGGGCAAAAAGCGGCAGUUUCUCGAGGACGGGAAAGAGGCACUGGAGGGGUAUCUCGUCCGCGUAAACAAGGCGCUCGGGGGGUGCUUGUCCGACGAGACCGCGAAAUUGGAGAUGAAAGCGGCGUUUUCCGUCUUGCCAGAAGCCUUUGCGCAGGCAGGCCUUGACGUGAGUCCGGGAGAGACAAUAUUAACCUCUUUCUCGACUUAUUCCGGCGCAGAUUCAAAAUUCUCCUCCCCGGAUGAAGUAGAUGCAACUAGCGGCGCAGUGUCCACCAGCACACCGAACAGCCUUGUGCCCGUGCGUCUGCGCGAGCCGACAAUUCUGCUGUUGAACGGGGAGCGCGGUGACAACGUGAGUCGGGACAUUUUGCUGGACCACCACGAGGAGGACGUGCGACAGUGGUUCGAAGAACGGGACACCGAGAUCGAGGUGCGCAUCGAUGCCGCGUACACGUGGCACGACUGGAAGGACCGCGUGCUCGCGGACCGCCCCGACGUGUGGUACUACUUCGGCCACACCCAGGGCCAGGAGUUUCUGAACCGCGGGUUGAAGCUGGGAAGCCGCGAGCCCGUGCUGGCGCGGGACCUGAACCUCUUCCUGCGGGAGCUCGUGGAGUCCAAGGGCGCGGAAAAUUCUCUGCCCAGUUUGGUCGUGCUGCUCGGGUGCCACACGCUCACUGUCGGAAAAGUUUUGGAGUCCUUCGGCAUCCCUACCGUCUGCUGUCCGCAAACGCCCUCGCGGGAACAGGCCUGCGCGUUUGGGCUGGAUUUGCUGGACCGUUUCGUGACGAGCAUUCUGGUUCCCCCGCUGUCCCAGGCCGUCACGGCGCACAGUGCGCAAUUGCAAUUUUCGUCGGACACCGUCCCGCCGGAGAAGGACGUCUUGCGGCUGCGGAUCGAAAAUCUGUGCCAGCGCGUAGUCGCGGAUCACGUUAAAGCGACAUCACUGCAGUUGUCGAGCCCCUCGGAAGCCUCGGAUGCGGACGAAAAAUAUCAGGCUGCACAGAGGACGGGGCAGAAGUCCAGGUCGGGGCCGCAACUAGAUCCGAGAAAGAAGCAACUCCAGGCAGAAAAGUCGUGGAACAUAGACUUGAAAAAUCUGAAGCCGCUGGACUACAAGUACUUUCACCGAGAAGAAGAGGAAGACAGCACCGAAAGAGACCCACUGCUUGCGAGCGCUUCCACCUCCGCGCCGACGGUAGAGACCACAGUCGCAACCGCGAACAGUACAACGAUCCCGCUAGAAGAACGGGAAUUUGCAAUUUUGACGGAGCCUGCGGGAAAGGCUAUGACGAUGGAAAUGGCCGUCAAGCUCCAGGCCAAGCUCGACGAACUCGACCGCAGGGAGGGGCAGGACGACGACAGUUGCACACGAUCGCCGCUAUUUUGGUGGGUUGCCGGCGGCUUGCUGCUGCUCCUUGUCGCGGGGUCGAUCGGGCUCGUGUACUACUUUUGCGUGCUCGCACCUAAAGGAGGGGACGACGCAAACAACAGAGGUGGUAGCCACGGCCCCGGCCCCGGCGGGCCUGUCACCGCCAAGAAGCCUCCCGAUCCGUAUACAACGCUGACCGAGAUUUACCAACAGAAGGCCGCGGACCCGUCCAUUUCCUCUUUCGAGUUGGCCCAGUACCCGACGGGCGUAGUGUCCGACACAAAACUCAGUGGCGAUUUUGGCAGCGGACAGAAGGAUUGGGAAGAGUGGGUCCAAAAGACGUACAAGGCAGUGAAACUGUACGAGGCCAAAUGCGCCGCUGCUCCCGCGAAGCCACCGGGUGGCAGAAGUUCCUUCUUGAGCCAUGCGGAAAGCAGGAACAAGCUGCAGUCCCCGUACUGGUGCGACGCGGCUCGGGUGAGCGGGAAAGCGACCAAGGUGCUGCAGUACGAUCUGGAAAAGGCCGCGGGGUACGCGGGCCUCGCGGGGGUGUACCCGCUGGUUGAUAAGAUGCAAGCGGAAAAAAAUUCAGGCCGCAACCCGACGGACGCGGCUACGGAAGCCGCACAGGAGGAGCAGGACGCCGGAGACGUGGCGGUGCUGAUCCGGAAUCUGGGCGGGCUCCAGAUGGCGCAGCGGCUCAUCAGUCACCGCAUGGACCUCGAGGAGGCCCCGUUUCUGCAGCAGAUCGGGGACGAGCAGGUAAGGUUCCCGUUUGCCGUGGAGCUCGUGGAGCGCACUUUGAACGCGGUGCAAAAGAAUGUGCUGUGGGACACGACGUUGGCGAGAGCGCUUACCUGCGUGGACCCGCGGUUCGCGAACCGGGUGCGCAUGGGGGACGGCAGAAGCUUACAGAGGUUCUUCGCCGACGUGUUUCGAAAGAAGCGCGGCACCUUUUUCCGCGACGCCGCGCACUCCGGGAAUCCCACUCUGCAGAGCGGGCUGCACCGGCAUAUUUUUUCCGGCGUGAGCAGUUCCGCCGCGGAGCAGGAGCUUGCGCGCGAUCACUCUUUGAGCUACUACCAAAAGCAGCGCCUGCUGCAGGCCGCCCGCGCGGAGGAAGUCCGGAACGUCGUCACAAAGGUCCACGGCGAUGCGAUGCUGGACACGGCGACAUUCGCCUUUCUGCCGACCGGAGUCUUUCCGCCGACCGUGGCCGUCGGGUACCGCAUCCGGCGCGCGGACAACCCGACGGACGCGGGCCUGACCGCCGCCGGAGCGGCGUUCGGCACGGGGACGCUGCGGGAAGGGCCGCGGGACGAAAUGCUGGAGUGGCAAUUAUUCUCGCCGGCCGGUUUUGGGGGCGAAAAACGUGAGACUGCGCUUCGAAGCGCAAAGGAGAAUCUGGGCGAGGAGAAAUGCAACGAGCCGGUGCAAGUGCCACCGCCGCAAAGAGGGCGGAGCUCGGCGUACCACCGGCUGUGUUGGAAAAUGAAGGCGGGAGGCGACCACCUCUCCCCGAUUGACACGUGGACACCGCACAUCAGGCUGCGGCGCGACCUCAUCGCGGGCCCCUUUUGGACGCUGGGCGGCGUCGGCCCGAAGACGUUUUACCUGGUGCCCUUGCCCAAGGCCGCGUGGCGGUACAUGGUGGAAUACAAGCACAAUUUCGAGCACCCGGCGUUCGAGCGCAUGCUGAAGCGCGUCACGCUGCGCCACGCGAACGUAGUGGAAGACGUCCAGAAGUUCAUGGAAACCAAGAACCUCGGACGGGGGGAAGAUUGGUACCGCGAAAUGUUCCUCACGCCCGACUACCCGGAAGUCCUGGAAAACCCGGACAAACUGGACUUCGGCGGGUACUGGGUCUACAACGUCGGCACCUACGAACCCGACUUCCUGGCCAGUCCCUACAGAAGCUUCAUGCCAGACGAAUUUUUCUCUUGGAGCCUGGGGCCGCCAGCGGAGGAUAAGUAGGUCCGAUAGCUGCGAAGCAUGCGUGGAAAAGUUGUAGGAUUAACACGCAAUAUUUUUUAGAAAUGUGAUGCACAAGAACAUCCCGCGUCCGAUGGCGAACGAAAAAGUAGUCCUGACGGAGUUUAUUAUCGACAUCAUACAUUUCAUAAGUGAAUCGACAUCGUGUUACUCGUCUUAGCUAGUGCAUGCCGAAAAAUAACAUACGCACAUAGAGUCACAGUCACACAGUAAACUCAAUUCAACAUCAUAAAAAAUUGCGCGGAAGCUGAGCAUUUCUAGUGCGGCUCUUUCUGCAGCUGUGGAGAAUGACAUUGAGUUGUUUUGUCUUUUUUUUCCACGUGGUUUUGCCUAAAUCCGCAUGAUUUUGAUGCUCAAAGAACUGUGUACAAUGCUCGAAUUAUUGAAGCUUGG